GGCGUGUAGCGUGUUGUGUGGCCAUGGCAGCAACACUCACUUACUCCUACUGCAAGCCUUCUCCAUUCCUCGGCCAAUUUCCCCCUAACUUCGGGAAAGGGAAAUCAUCAGUUGGACAAAGCGUCAGGAAUCCAGUCUAUGCCUCUACAAUUACUGCACUAUUUUGGGGAUCUAACAACAAAUCCCUGCAAUUGGAUUUUUCAAGAGAUUUUACUUUACCCCCUUCUUCUUCUGCCCAACAGACAACACCUCAAAAGCUCUCCAUCUCUGUUGUUUCCUUCAAUUUUGGAGGUCUCACCCCAUGACUGGGAUGCUUGUACUUUGGAUGCCUCCGGUGCUCAAAACUUUAAUCCUUUUCUUACCCAUGCCUUUCUUUCCAGUUUAGAACAGACUGGUUGCGCUGUCCAGGUUGGUUAAUAAUCACACUCCCACU